AUGCUGGAAUUUGUUGAAAUAUUUAAUGUCCCAGAUGAUGAUGAUUUUCUUGGUUUGGAACUUGAUAUUCCCAUGGAAACAUUGUCAUUGGAUGACAGAAAUGAGUAUGAUAAUAUGCCUGGAACAUCAAGGAUGGCAAUGGAAUUGGAAGGAGACAAUAACCCAUCUUUAAUUGAGGAAGAAGAAAUGGAAACCGACUCAUCUCAUAAGAAAAGAAGGUUCAAAAUUCAGGGGACAUCACAGCUUCCUAAAAAGAUAGCUACAAAAAAUACAAAUGGGAGAAACGCAGAUCAAGAUACUUCUUCUGAAUCUGAGGCAGAUGAGGCAUCAGAUGAAAACUCUAAUGUACUUUUGAAAAGAGAUCAGAAUAUAAAAGAAAAUAAAGCUGUGCUUGCACAGUUACUAGCUGACCUAGAGUCUUCCAUACCUGAAAUAAAUAUUCCUUCCUCAACUAAACGAAAGAAAGCAUCAAGGAAAAGAGCUUCAGGAGAACCAAUACAGCAUCGAACUAAUCCAACUAGGAUUGCUCGUCCCCCAGAAAACUUCGCUGUGGAAAAAAACCUACCUGUGCAAUGGGAUGAUAAUGAAACAUAUCACAGCUUAAUAAAGAAUGAGCCCAAAAAAAGAAAAACAUCACACACAGAACCUCCACCAGAUGUAACAAAUGAAGACUUAGAACAUAUUGCAUUUACCCAUAAAGGGAAGAUCUACCAUAGGAUUUUGGGAACCACAUGCCAUCAAUGUCGCCAAAAGACAAUUGAUAAAAAAACAAUCUGCCAUAAUAAAGACUGUGUCGGAGUGCGGGGACAGUUCUGUGGACCAUGUCUCCAUAAUCGCUAUGGAGAAGAUGUGAAAGUGGCACUUAUGAAUCCAAAUUGGUUCUGUCCACCUUGCCGUGGAGUGUGUAACUGCAGCUACUGUCACAAACGUGAUGGUUUCUGUGCCACUGGAACACUGAUCCACCUGGCAAAGCUUUAUGGUUAUACCAGUGUAAAGGAGUACCUUGAAAGUAUGCCAAUGUAG